AUGGGCGCUGUCAACAGCAAGGCGGGCGAUGCAGGCGCACUCUACCUGCGCGACCAGACGAGAUUCUCGGUGGCUUCGGUCAACAUCACAAAUGCGCGCAACCGUACGCUGCUGAAUAUUACCCCAAACGCCUUUCCUGCGACGCGAUAUGGCGCGAAGAGGGACUUUGGCGACGAGAGUGUUAUCGAGUACAUCCAGGACCCUGAGCCUGCGGCGUCUAGCGAUGGGACACCCUCCUUCCUCAUACGCCUGCCCAACGACGAGGAGCUCAGCUUCAACUUCACAUUCAUACUCCGCCAGCAUCUAGCCGUCCCCAGUAUAUACAACGUCAACAGCAACUCGGCCAUUGCGCCGUCGGGCCUGGUAGACACAAACAUCAACGGCUUGACCUUUCUCUUUGCUUCGAGCUCCAGGGAUCUUGAGAAUCUGGUCACGCGCGAAUUCCACGCAAAUCCCAACCUCCACAAAAAUCCCCAGGUUGAGCUUGUCGGCGACUAUUCCACCGGCGGCCACUCUUCAGUGCAGUUCCAGUGGUCGUGGAAAUGGACGCCGCCAAAGACACCAGAGUCGCGCGGCGGGGGGUGGCGCACGAGUUGUAGCUUUGUAGAGUACGACCAGCGCGCGCAUAGGCUAGAGACGCUGGCGAGCUUCACCUUUUGGGUUCAGAACACACGCCAACUACAGAGCCCGAAAUCUCCAUCACCGCGAUUAGAACUCGGCAUCCCUCCCCGCCUGCGCGUCCCCUCAGCACAGUCGAUAGAGUCACGGGUUAGCGACUCAGCAGGCGAAGAACGAGAGUGGGACAGCGGACCCCCGAGAUCACCAGUUUGCGAGUCUAUCCCAGAGCACACCCUGCCCCUGGUACCAAUCCACACGACGUCAACAACAAGUACGGGUGCACCUGUGAAGCUCGAUGUUUCGCGUCCGACCGAGGACCUUAGCCAGACGGACGAUGGCCCGCUAUUCCGUGCCACCAUGAAGUCGCUAGAACAGAAGACAGGCAACAUGCGCACAAGAUGGAAAAAGGUUCUCAAGCGCGCAGAGUCGGCCAUGGAGGCACAGGUAGCGUGCAACAACGCCAUGUCAGACCUCAUGGAUGCGCUGAGAGAAGCUUCGUCGUCCAACGCAAACGCCGUGCAGCCUGCCAUCGACCAUUACUUUGACAAGAUCGCCAAGGAGAUUUUGGGCUACGAAAAGUCUAACACGACUAAUAUCCAGAAGCUCAUCAUCGACCCUAUAUAUAAGCUCUACAACAUUGAUAUCAAACAGGCCGAGACCAAGCGCAAGGACUUUGAGGAGGAGAGCAAGGACUACUACCAGUACUUGGGUCGCUAUCUUGGCCAGCGCCAGGACUCACUCAAGGAAAAGAAGCGCGCAGAGACCGAUUCAAAGUACCAGGCAAAGAGGCGCAAUUUUGAACUGAAGCGCUUCGACUACUCUUCAUUUAUGCAAGAUUUGCAUGGCGGGCGGAAAGACCAGGAAGUGCUUUCCCACUUGACACGAUACGCGGAUGCUCAGGCCAAGCGCUAUCUGGAGACGGCCAAGAAAAUCGAGACUAUGCUCCCGCAUCUCGAAGCGUUGUCUUGGGAGGUCAAAGAGGCAGACAAGGAAUUCCAGAUCCAAAGGACGGAGAGAGAAGAAAAGAGACGAGCCUUGGAGACGAUAAAAAAGACGUUUGACGAAACGCCGAUGCCUUCCCUGGCCUCUCCAUCCACAUCCACCAGCAGUGUGCCACGAGCGAUGUCAAGAUCAGAUCCAGAUCCGCCUCUAGGACGGAAGGGUAGCAUCGUUCCUAUGUUCCAGAGUACGGUCAUGCCUCCACAGACGCCGUCAUCCAUGAGUAUCCCUUCAUCUAUAGCUUUACCGCAGAGCCCUGAAAUCUCAAAAGCUACCCUGCCGUCGAUAACACCGCAGCCGGACAAGUUCAAGGGAAUCAGGGAUCUUGAGGAAAAGGAUCCGUCUGCCAUGGCCGAAGCAGGGUCAGGGGCGCAUCGUAAAGAGGGCCUUUUGUGGGCACUCAGUCGGCCUGGAAGUCACGUGGAUCCAAAGGGCCUGAACAAGCAAGCCUGGCAUAAAUUUUGGAUUGUGCUUGACCAGGGUAAGCUUUCAGAGUAUACCAAUUGGAAGCAGAGUCUGGAGCUUCACAUGGAGCCUAUUGACCUGCGCAUGGCGUCGGUGCGCGAAGCACGAAAUGCAGACCGCCGGUUCUGCUUCGAAGUCAUCACCCCGCAAUACACGCGGGUGUAUCAGGCUACUAAUGAAGAGGAUAUGAAGUCCUGGAUCAGUGCUGUCAACAAUGCACUGCAGACAGCUGUUGAAUCUGCAGGAAAGUCUGACAGGCCAUCGACCGAUUCAUUGCCCGGACAAACGCACCGCGACAUUGCCUCAGUACUCACAGGCAAGAGCCCAUCCAUGUCAAGCCAUCGCAACACGUACAACUCCAAAGCACCAGCCCGACAUGCCACAGUCGGCGACCGACCAGGCGGAUACCGUCGAGAGGAGAAUCUCGGUGAUGAAGGCCGACUUCUCCGCCAAGUCCGCGACGCAGACCCCAGCAACAAAAUCUGUGCAGAUUGCGGAACAGAAAUCAAAGUAGACUGGGUAUCAAUCAACCUAGGAAUAAUAAUCUGCAUCGAAUGCAGCGGCAUCCACCGUUCCCUCGGCACGCACAUAACAAAAGUGCGCUCCCUCACCCUCGACGUCACAUCCUUCACCCCCGAUAUCAUCGAAAUCCUACUCAAAAUCGGUAACCGCAUCAGCAACUCCAUCUGGGAAGCCAAGCUAGACGGCGCCAAUAAACCAGGGCCCAUGUCAACCCGCGAACAACGCCUCCAUUUCAUCACAUCCAAGUACGCGGAUCGCGCAUUCGUCGCGCCCAUCUCGCCCAAUAUGUCACACUACUCCACCCCAGAAGACACACUUCUCGCGUCGGUAAAGAAAAACGACAUUCAGAACGUCCUCUACGCACUCGCCCUCCGCGCCAACCCCAACGCGCGUGAUAAAUCCCGCGGCACACAUGUCGUCUUCCUCGCCCUUGCAGCCGCCGAUCCAGCAGCCCCAUCGGCCUCUGCUUCACCCGCUACCUCGCCUGGUUUCCCUCCCACAUCCACCUCCUCCAAUAUAAACUCCACCAUGCAUACACCCAGCACAUCAACAUCCUCCACAAGCACAUCAACCCCGCAAUCCCCCCGCCACCCCUUCCCUCUCGCAGAACUCCUCCUCCAAAACGGCGCUGAUUUACCCCUACUUCCGGCGCCGAUCCCGCUUUCUCACUCCGCACGCUCGUACCUGGAUUUCAAAGCUGAUCAGCGCGCGGGCAAACGGAGUGCGCCGCCUAUGCUGGGAUAG